ACCCAAUGAAGUGUGUUGGGUACAAUAUUGCAGAAAUGAAUGCUAAACAUACACUAAUAGAAAAGUAUCUAGAUCUCUCUAAAGUCCCAAUCCAAAUAGAGAUGCAACUAUUGCUGCACCAACUGUUGAGUGGACUAAAGUAUAGAAAAAAUCUAUCACUAAAGUUUGAGUAAUCAUCAUUUAAGUGUUCAGAAGAAUACCCCGCUUCUACAAAUUUAUCAUAGCCAAUUAAUUAAUUUCUUAAAUCAACUCCACUCCAGAACCUAUAACCCCAAAUCCUAAAAUUGUUAACGAAGCACUGAAUGACGUUAUCAUAAACAAAUCUAUAUUAAUAAUUCUUGGACCUAUGGCUAAUGAACUAGCGCUUAGUAUAUAAAGCGCUAUUAAAUUUAUUUAUUGCAGAA